GAACUGCACCUGCAUGACUUGGUGGAAGUAGGUGGGACAGCUGAGCUGAGGUAAGGCUGGCAGUGCUGCACACAGAGUAGAGGCUGGGGGGGUUAUCGGCGCUGUCCUGCAGUGCUUCAGGAGCAUUCUUUUCCACUGAUAACCUCUUCCUGAAGGGCUGUUUGUCUGGUGGUGUGACUGGGAUGUGUUUGGCUGAUGGUGCUUAGUGUGUUAUGCAAUGUUCUCAAGGUCAUUAGCAUCGAGGUAAGUUCAGGGCUGCCUUCUAUUUACAGUCGUGGCAGCAGAGCAGGUCUCAUUACCACUGCCUGCAUGCUGUCUUUGGGAGGUUCUGGUCCUUAUCUUAGAUCAUGCUGCAUUCUUUACGGCACAGUUACGGAAGUGUAACUUUCAAACACUUGACCCAUUGAGUUUUCAUGUCAGAAUCAAACUAACAAACUGCUGACUUCCAGCUGUUGAACACUGAGCAAGUUCUGAGCCUUGCCUGGGCUUGUGAGGAGUCCAGACAGAGGUACUUAAAGCUGGCAACGGAUGCUGGGGGCUGGUGUUUGAAGGUCCUGGCCCUCUUAAAUGUCAGAACCUAGAUGCCUGGUAGUAGGCAGUGUCCUGAGCUGCCCCUCUUGUCAUCCAGUGGUGCCUUGGACUCUUCUGAGAGACAGCCAACACCAUGAGGAGUUCUGCACAGCUGCUCUGGCUGCUGUUUUUUCCUCCUUGCUGCCUGAGUUCACCUGAUACAGCCAGAACAGCCGUGGGGCUGUGAUGUGGAGCAGGGCCAUCCAAUGGGUGGUGUGUGAGGGGAGCCGUGCCUGCACUGUCAGCUCUCAUGGAGAUGGGUGCCUGGCUCUUGCCUGCUAGCUCAGGGUAGUGUUUCCCCAGCUUCUCCAGUAAGGAUUUGUAGCAAGUAGCUGCAGUGCUUUCGCUUUCUCUUUCUGACAGAAGAAUAGGAAAAGUGAGUUAAGCUCUCUACCAAAAACACAUCAAGACUUGUAAGUGGGACAGGUCUCUUAUGAGAAGUUCCUUCCUCCUCCCUGCCACCUCAGACAGUUUUCAUGUGGGCUUGCGUCUGUGCAGUGAGAGCCCUUCUUGAAAGCUGCAUCGUUUCCAGGUGGUGAUGGGGUUUCCCUGGUGUGUGGGACAGUUACCUGAAAUGCUGUGCAGUGCUGCCUGCCUCUGAAGCAGACCCCUGCAGGUGCAGUGGCCGAGCUGUGCUGCCUUUCAUGUAGAUAUUUACUGGCAAAUCCAGAUGUGGGCUUUUCUGCUUUGCUCAGGUUCAUCAGCGCCCCUGCCUCAUCCACAAGAUCAAUGCAGUCUGUGGAGAGAGAUGUGGUCAAGAAAGGCCAGAGGUAUUUUCCUUAGCAAACUGAUGCUAUAGGGAGAAUGUACUCAGGUCUAGAGGGGAGGAGAUGUGCUUUGCCUGUGUUUUGGGAUGAUCUCCAGCUCCCAUGCAACCUGUUACCCUUUGCUGCUUCUUUAAGGGAGAGUGUCUGUCCCUGGGGUGGUCACUGCUCACACACUGCUCGGUACCUUCUGUCCCGCACUGACACUUCUCAGGUGAGCAGGUAGGAUCAGGAUGUGGCACUACAGGUUCAGCGUCUCCUGGCAGUUGGCUGUAAGCAGAGUGAGAUUUGUGUCAUCACUCUGGAUCCAGCGGCCCCACUGGCAUGGCAGGGAGCUGGGAGCUGCCCAGUCACAGCCAGCAGAGCUGGGGUCCCUGCGUGGCCUUUCAGCAGCACUCUGAGCUGCAGCAUUACGGGCCAUGCCUGCUGGUGUGUGGUGCUGGAAAUGCUUCAGUUUAGGAGCUGGGAUGAGCAUUCUGAUUUGGGGAAAAUUAUUCUGCUUUGUGAAACACCUGUGUCCUUUAACUUAGUUUCCUCAAAUCAGAGUAGGAAAAACUCAUGAGCCUUGUCUUGCUGUUCCCCUUCCAAGAACUUGUCCAGGUCACAAGGGGAAGGAGUUGAAUCUCAGCUGAGUCAUUCUGGAUGUUUUGGCCGUGAACUCUCACCCAGUGUCACAACAGAGAAACUGCCAGGGCUGACCAACGUCAGCAGUCAGCGCUGGGCAUCCAGCACAAAUAGCAGAGGGAGCAAAGGCUGAGGGCCGCGUGCAUCUGGCAGCUUCAGCAGUGAGUGCUGCAGGUCAGGCAGCGGCUGCCUGCCAAGUGUGGGAAGGCCAGGACAGUCUGCUAGUUCCCUCCUUCAGUGCUUGCGUUCUGAAGCUGAGGGCCAGGAUUACAGCAAGGGGAGCCCUCCCAUAAACCCAGGAGCAGAGGUGCUCUGCUGGCAGCUGUCAUUGCCCAGUGACUUUUCUGGCUCCAUGCAGACUAGCAAAGUCCCCUCUGGCAAGCUCCCCAGAGCUGCAAGGCUGGAAACGCGCAGUGAGGACAACCUGGGGGGAUUGUACCACCCACGAUCUUGGCUGCUGCUCAGUAACCCACCCCUGAAGAUGCACUCAAUCAAAGCCAGUGUUUUCCCCACGUGCCUCACCAUGAUGAACAAAGCGUUCCCAGGGACACGUGGGCUGCGUGUGCUGGGUGCUGUCCUGCAGGUAGUGGGGGUGACAAAAUGCCAGCAAAUGCCACGCUGGCUCCUGGGCACUGAGGGGGAGUGGUGUUUCCGGCUGAGGCUGUCCCGGUUUCAAUUGCAAAUUUCCCAGCAAUGGGGAAUGGUCCCUGCAGAUUGCUGAGCCUCCUGCAGCCGGGUUCUGGGAGAGGAGGAGCAGUGUGGGGCUUUGCUAACAGCCUUCUGGGAGGGCUGCCUGGCCGCUGUGAUCUCAGCUGCUCUGAAUCUCAGUCUUUUCCCAGCAUGGAUGAUUCUGCCCCUUUGUUUGCCCUGCAGCCCCCUCUGGGCUGUGAGGUGCCAGACUGUGAAGAGAGGAAGCCCCAGGGGCACGGCAGAGAAUGCAGUUCGAUGCAGCAGCAGUUGUGGUCCUUAUUUUGCCCAGACCUCGCAGGGAUAGCUAUGCCUUAGUCCCUAAAACGUUAAAUUUGGGAUAAAACCAGAGAGAACUCACUUUGUUCAAUAAGCACAUCUAGCAGGAGAGAAUAAGCCAAACAGAAAGCAUGGAGCAGUCUGCGCUGCUUGUGCAGCAGCUGCAUCUUCCACGGAGCUUCCAGAUGUUGCCGUUAGAUGUUUCUCCAGCAGUGUUCAUGGGGCACUGUAGCAUCAUCCCCUUUUCCCGUGGAGAUGCCAAGAUGUGCAGGUGAAAUCCUGCCCCACGGCUCGGCUGAGCACCUGAGUGGUGGGAGCCAGUACUGAUGCUGGUACAGGGAGCGAUCUGCAGCGCUGCGCUGUGUACCUGCUGCUCACAGUGCCGUGGACAAAUUGCCUUUCUCCACAUCUCCCCUCCUCGCACAGAGGAAGGUCCUGACAGCUGUGUAGGGUGCAGCAGGGUGCGUGUGGGCAGAGCUGUGCUCAUCGCUCUGUUUAUCUCGUUUUUCCCACGAAGGAGCUGUGAAACCACAGAGCAGAGCACAAGGCUGAUUAGCAGAAGCCUCAGAGCUGGGGCUGGAGGUGCUGCAGCUCUCACUGCUGGACUGGCCUAAAACCAGCUUGUUCUCCUGUGACCUUGGUUUCCGGACCAAAUAUCUCUGAGGUCUCAAUCCCUUUUAAGUGAUACCUCGCUGUGCUGCAGGUCGCAGCAGCUGCUAUACCAGGCUAUGGAGGACUCAUCUUUCCCUUUCAGGUGGUACAGCACAGGUCUCAUGAGCACCCACAAAUGUCAGACUGUGUGUGACUGUGGCAGGAGGGUUGUUUGGGUUCCCUGGGCCACGUCCCAAUGCACCAGGACAGUUCCUGUGCCAGCGUUUGGUAUUUCUGCUCUCAGGGAGGCGAUUUAGAGUGCAGCGUGUGUCAGGAGAGCCCCUGGAGCAAGCAGCGCAAGCACAGAGAGCGUGUUCCUGUGAUAAAAAAGCUUCCUGUCAAAAGGAAAUCACCCCCUUGCCCCAGCAUUGGCACCCCUGCCCCUGCACCCUGUCCUGUGGCCUCAGCCUUGUGCUGGAGGCAGCUAGGUGGGAAGCUGAAGCAGAUGGUGAAGCAUUACGAAGGAGCUUUGCUCUCUGACCCCAGGGGCUGUGGCCUCCUGCUCGCAGGCUUCUUUCCCACUUCUGAAUGCGGCAGGGAACAGACCAGGGCUCACCUCGGGCAGCUGAGGGGCCUGGAGUGACCCCGUGCCAUUGGGCAGAGUCCAGCAUGGUGGUGCCUGCGGCCUCUUUGUCCCCUGGAUGUGGUCUCAAGCGGUGACGGGACCCUGGUGGGACAAAGCCAUGCUGCAGGACAAGGCCUGCUCGUGCUGACAGUUCUCGGCAGAGCUGUUUCACACCAUUCUGCGCGCGCACUGUGCGGGCGGUACCUCUGCGCGAGGUGAAAAACAAGGGGCUGCCUCCUGUCUCUGCUGCCGGGAGGGCAUGGCGCUCACCCACUCCCAUGUGCUGCUCGCCUUCCUUACCCUGCUGCUCCUGUCCUGGGGUUCAGAGACUCUCAAGAGUCAAGUGGUUCUUGUGACUGUAGGGGAGCCCGUGUCGAUGGAGUGUCCUUUCCACAAGUACAACAGCACUAGCAAUCCCUUCUAUGAGAUCCUCUGGAGCCAUAGGAAUGAAUUGAGAAGGGUCCUGCAGUUCAGGAUGACACAGUCCAAUCAGUCCCGUGUGUGUUACAGCGACGGUCACUUCAGCAGCGUUCUGGAUUUCGGAAGGAGCGUGAGCUUUCUCAACAUCUCAGCAGCGCUUAUGAAUGACACUGGCCCUUACCUUUGCUAUGUGAAGAUAGGGAACAGCAAUCCAACUGAAAAGGUGAUUCACCUGCUCGUUAGAGGUCAGCAGCCCUGGGCAGCCCCUGGGGACCUCAGCUACUCUGCACCUCAGGGCAGUGAAGUCACCUUGGACUGUGAUUUCCCCUCUAACCUGACUGGCAACUUCACAGACCUCUUCUGGCUGCACAAGCGAGACCAGAGCCCGCCCCGACUCAUAGCAUGGCACCUCAGGUCCAGUUUCCAGGACGAGAACGGCAGCAUUGGAAGUCGUUUCCAGAGCUCAUUAGAUCUGGAAAAUCACUGGAGCCAUCUCACCAUUACUGGGUUGGAAGAGAAGGACAGUGGCUGGUACCAGUGUCAGAGAGGCCUGGGAGAGCUUUCUGGUGGGCAGAGAGGGAGGGGAACCAACCUCACUGUGAAAGGCUCUUCGUCUGUCCUGCUAGUGGUUUUGGGGAGUGCUGUGUUCAUUGUGCUUGCUCCAUGCUUGUACCUUCUGUACAGGUGUCACGUCCAGCUGAGGAGACGGGACACCUUGCUGGAUACAUUGGAUCCCCGCUGCGUGCCUUCUGAGACCACAGGCAGGGAAACCACGAGCAGUGAAGCCAUCUACAUCAGCACUGGCAGCACAGAGUACAGUUUCCUCACUUUCCCAGGAAGGAACCCUGCCGCAGGAAACCUGGGACAAAGAUGACAGCUUAGAAGGGCCCAGCAGGACACAGGGAGCUGUGCUGUGCAUGCUGUGUUCAUGGCACCAUCGAUAAUUCCUCUCCAUUGUGUAUCAUGCAAAGGUCUCUAGCAAACUCUUCUCUCCUUCAGCGGUUGUUUCUUGUGUUCAAUUAAAUCCUCUUGAGAACAAA